AGUCGCUGCCUCGAUUUCGCCGGCACCGCCGCCGUUUGUAAAAAUUUGAAUGACUUCAUUUUGAUUUCGUUUAUAUUUGGGUUAUAUGACUUUGUUGAUUUCCUUGUCAUUUCCUUGGUCAUUUCGGAGUUAUACAGCCUUGGUUAUUUCCUUCAUUUCGAAAUUCAUUCACUGCAACUGAAGAGAUGGAGACUACAGAUGGAUUGGGGAUGUCCAAGACUCGAGAAAUAGAUUCCCAGAAAAGUCUGAAAGGUCUGAAGGUGAUCCUGUUUGGAGACAAGAAAGUGUUGCCAAUGGGCAUCGCAGCGAGAUCGCUAGGCGAUCUGAUCAACAAGGCCUGCGCCAGGUUCAAGAUCAGCAGGAAGGGUGUGAAGAUAUGCCUUCCAGAUGGCACCCAGGUAGAUACUGACGACUAUUUUGACACACUUGAGAAGCAAAGCAUGGUCAUCCUGCUCCGGCCUGGAGAUUCCCUACACCAAGCUCCAGUGGUGCGGCUGGUGGAGAAGCUGCUCGCCCUCUCCUCCACUCAGCGGCUGCGUGAAGAGCUGCUGGAGGUGCUGCGGGGACCGGACGGUCCGCUGCGGGCUGACCCGCCUAGUCCUGGCCAGCCGGACCAGAGUCGGCGCAGUCAGCGCACUGAUGACCCCGCCUGGUUCGAGGGUCUCGACACAGGCGCCACCACCAAGGAGGAGUACAUGCGGCGGCGCUGUGAGUCGCGCGUGCGCACCUACUUUUACAAGUCGCGUGACCAGGUGCGCGGAGACCGCUCUGCGCCGCUGGCCGUGCUGGAGCCGCUGCUGGACGAGAUGAUGCAACAGCUGAAGCAGGACCGCUUCAACGGCCACUACUUUGACCGCUCCUCGCUGCUGAAGAGUGGUCGACUGUGUGACGAUGAGGGGGAGUUUGAGUGUCAGGGCCUGUUCUCCAAGAGCCAGUGUGGCUAUGAUGAGCACCGGAUUAAUCCGUACAGAAGCCGGGAGGAUCGGAUCGUGUUCUCCACAUGGAACCUCGACCACAGGAUCGAGCGCUCUCGGACCAUCCUGCCCGACCUGGUGAAGGCCGCGCGGGGGGCCGGCCGGCGCCGGGUCAACUGGCGCUACUUCUACCGACUGCUCUUCACCACCGACAACCUGCGGCUGGUGCACAUCGUCUGCCACGACAAGGGCUCCCACGACCGGUACCAGUGCGACCAGAGCCAAGUGUAUGUACGCUGACACCCCUGCGACUGCCGCGCCAACAGUGGCACUCUUCCCACCAGGCUAGUCUCUGGUGUCUCCGCAUUUACAUAUUAAUGAUAGAUUUUCACUAUGGAUCGAGGUCGGCGUUGAUUCCAGAUGAUGCUUUCAAUGAAGUGCCUAUUGAUUAUGGCAGGGGAGGGAGUGAUCAUUUAUUGUGAUAUCUUAGUGUGGCUUUCAGCUUCAGUAGUGUAGUGCGCUUUCGUAUCUAGAAGUAGUUGUGCAUGGCCGGGAUGGCAUCCACGAGUCUGCGUCGUUUUUCGCCUCUUAGUGGUUCGGGCGGCUUAAAGGCAUACAGCCACCCGACUGCCGCAUAGGAUGAUGGACAUAGGAAUGGUUACAUGGAAACGGUUGACAUUUGUGACGCAUUCGGUCUCCGUUACAAAACAUUCCCUGUGUGAUAGAGAAAAUCCACGAUCCUUUUAAUUCAGAUGCUUCCAAAUCCUUGGACUAAUGACGUUAUAUAUGGUAUGCCGUCAUAGGAUCUUAAAAACAUGUUAGUUUUAUUAUUUAACGCAUUUCUAAGAAAAAUAGUCGUUUCUGGGCUAUCUUGAGUCGACCUCCUGAUUUCCUUUCGCAUAAUUUCCCAGAAAACAAGACUCCUUUGCUUUUUGCGAAAGCAUGUCCAAGUUCGCAAAAAUUCAAACAGUAAACACUCAAGCGCCGGAAGCGCCGAUAGUCCCCCCCCCCCAAAAAAACACACACACACACAAAGAAGGCCACAAAUUGUUCUCGUCGGUCCUGCCUCUCGCAGGCCGCCUCGCACCCCGGUGCUGAAAGGCCACGUAUGGGUUAGCUCGGAUGAAGUUUGCAUUCCUUCAACGGGAACCGCUCCGCCUGGGCGGGUGACGUCACAAUGCGCUGAGCACGUCGAAGAACCAGGAAUUCGUGAUGACUAGAGAUCGGAUUUUUUGUGAUUUUUUCGCCGAAAUAUGCCAUUUUCAUGUUUGAAAUUAUGGCAAAAAAAAUGUGGCCAAAUCCUCAAAAUAUGUGAAUUGGAGCACACUUCAACCUGCGUAAUCAGUCUGUUUUUAUGCGACUUAAAACUUCCUUUUUCACUGACAAUUGCUCACGCUUCAUUCUGGACAGACCGAUCCAUAGACCACUAUAUACC